AUGACCGAAAUGGUCCUCGAAAAACCAAGCACAGACUUCAUCGAAGACGCAGAAACCCACCAACUAGGCCACAUAGCCAACCAAGAAGACCACGCCCUGAACAAAUGGCAAUCCCUUAAGAAAUACCCCUGGACAUUCGCCUGGUGCGCCUACGCUGUAUGGUGCAUCCUCCUCGUCAGUUUCGAAAACCAAGCCUCGGGAAACGUAACCGGGAUCCCCGAAUUCCGCAAAGACUUCGGCCACUACUUUGACGGCAGUUGGGUGCUGGAGGCGAAAUGGCAGUCCGCGUUCGCAGGGGCACCCGUUGCAUCUGCUGUUGUUGGUGCGUUGUGCUCGGGGCAGAUUGCCGACGCUAUUGGGCGCAAGAUUACUAUCUUGGUUUCGUUGUUGAUUAGUGUUGCGGCGAUUUCGUUGGAGUUUCGGGCUACGACGAAUGAGAUGUUUUUCGGGGGCAAGUUUUUGAAUGGGUUUGCUGUUGGCGCGCUUGCUUCGGUGCCGAUUACUUAUAUUGGCGAGGUUAGUUCAUGCUGGAUCUACUACCCAGUGAGAUAUUAUGUGCGUGCUUGUGCUUAUAUUCUACUUCUCCAGAUUUCUCCUCUCGCUCUCCGUGGUGUACUCACCUGCCUCACGGCUCUGGCCUACGUUAUUGGUCCACUGGUGGUAGCCCUGAUCACCAACUGGACAGGAGUCUACACAAACCGCUGGGCCUACCGCGCCGUCUUCGUAGCGCAAUACGGCUUCGCAGCCAUCGCCCUCAUAUUCAUCGCCUUCAUGCCCGAAUCACCGUGGUGGCUAAUCUCGAAGGGCCGAGACUCAAAAGCGCAAAAGUCGCUGCAAAGACUGGGCUACACGGCCGACGAAACGCAGAAGAAAAUCGCCCUGAUCAAGAACACGCUCGACGAGAUCCGGCACGAAACAGAAGGAGUGACAUAUCUCGAAUGUUUCCGGCGGACGAAUCUGCGUCGCACGAUUGUUUCCAUUAUGCCCAUUACCAUCCAGGCUCUGUCGGGCGUGGUCUUUACUGCAGGUUAUUCGACGUAUUAUAUGCAGUUGGCUGGGUAUAGUACGGCUAUGAGCUUCCAGUUGCAGAUUGUUCAGCAGAUCCUUUCGCUGGUUGGGAAUGUUAUGUCUUAUUUUAUUAUUGAUCGUGUUGGACGCAGGAAUGUUAUGGUUUACGGAUUGGGCGUUCUUACGGCUAUCCUGAUGGUGACCGGUGGUCUUGCUGUUGUUGGGUCUGAUACCGCCAACCCGAAUUCAGCCGGCGCUAUCAAGGGGACUGUCGCGCUGAUCCUGGUUUACUGCUGGUGGUAUAACCUGACAAUCGGCGCGGCUGGAUAUACGAUUCUAGCCGAGGUUUCUACGUCCCGGCUGCGUAUCAAGACGAUUGCGAUUGGAUUGGCGUUGCAGAAUGCGCUGUAUACGAUGUGGUCGUUUGUUCUGCCUUAUCUAUUUAAUCCCGAUGAGGCGAAUCUCGGCGCGAAGGUGUCGUUUAUUUUUGGCGGUCUUUGCGUGAUUUGUUUGGUUUAUCUUUGGUUCUGGCAGCCAGAGACUGCGGGGCGGACGUAUGGCGAGUUGGAUGAGAUGUUUAUGAAGAAGGUUCCUGCGAGGAAAUUCAAGGCUUAUCGGACGGAUGCGGAGGCUAUGGGUGUUGCUGCGAAGGAGGGAGCUGAUAUUCACACUGUUUAG